GAGGGGUCAUUAUUUGGCAGGGAGCGGCAGAGAGACGAGCAUUUCCUAGAUACCCACAGCAACGCGUGGAUUCAUUCCGCUUCCAUCACUUCAGAGGCGAGCCGGCGGAUUUUCUGGGCUGUUUCAACUUACUGGCUAGGUUUGGAAAGCCGUCCGUUUGGAAAUAAAUUACAGCAUCGUAUUUCCUCGGAAGUGUUUUGUUCCUGUACCGGGGCUGUCAUCACUGAAGUAAACAUGACGAGCGCUACGUCCCCAAUCCUGCUAAAAUGGGACCCCAAAAGUCUUGAAAUUCGCACACUGACUGUGGAGAGGUUGCUGGAGCCGUUGGUCACACAGGUGACCACCCUGGUCAACACCAGUAACAAAGGUCCAUCCAGUAAGAAAAAGGGACGCUCCAAGAAAGCUCACGUGCUGGCUGUGUCCGUGGAGCAGGCUACGCAGAACUUUCUAGAAAAGGGCGAGCAGAUUGCUAAGGACAGCCAGGACCUGAAGGAGGAGCUUAUCGCAGCUGUAGAGGACGUUCGCAAGCAAGGUGAGACGAUGCGCGUGGCCUCCUCAGAGUUUGCGGAUGACCCCUGCUCCUCUGUGAAACGUGGCACCAUGGUCCGUGCCGCCCGUGCCCUCCUUUCUGCUGUCACUCGCCUCCUCAUCCUGGCUGACAUGGCUGACGUCAUGAGGCUCCUGGCUCACCUCAAGAUCGUGGAAGAAGCUCUAGAAGCCGUCAAGAACGCCACCAAUGAGCAGGACUUGGCCAAUCGCUUUAAGGAGUUUGGGAAAGAGAUGGUCAAACUCAACUAUGUUGCUGCUCACAGACAGCAGGAGCUGAAGGACCCUCAAUGCAGGGACGAGAUGGCGGCAGCUCGAGGGGCUCUUAAGAAGAACGCCACUAUGCUCUAUACUGCCUCCCAGGCCUUCCUGCGCCACCCCGAUGUUGCUGCUACACGUGCCAACCGUGACUAUGUCUUCAAACAGGUCCAAGAGGCCAUUGGGGGCAUCUCCAGCUCUGCUCAGGCCACUUCACCCACCGACGAGAAGCACGGGCACGCUGGCAUCGGCGAGCUGGCUGCCGCUCUCAAUGAGUUUGAUAAUAAGAUCAUUCUGGACCCGCUAACAUUCAGUGAGGCUCGCUUCAGGCCGUCACUUGAGGAACGUCUGGAGAGCAUCAUCAGUGGCGCCGCCCUCAUGGCCGACUCCUCCUGCACACGCGACGAUCGCCGCGAACGCAUCGUAGCCGAGUGCAACGCCGUGCGCCAGGCCCUGCAAGACCUGCUGAGCGAGUACAUGAACAAUACCGGAAGAAAAGAAAAAGGAGACCCACUGAAUUCAGCUAUUGACAAGAUGACCAAGAAGACCCGUGAUCUUCGCAGACAGCUAAGGAAGGCUGUUAUGGACCACAUAUCUGACUCUUUCCUGGAGACCAACGUGCCUCUGCUGGUGCUGAUAGAGGCGGCCAAGAGCGGUAACGAGAAAGAGGUUAAGGAGUAUGCGCAGGUCUUCCGCGAGCACGCCAACAAGCUGGUGGAGCUCAUUUCAGCUUGCUUACAGCAACCUUCACUCUCUCUGUUCCGCUGUUGUGGAAUGACAUUUCAACCUCCACUGGCGAAGGCUUAUGCAGCUUCUGGUCAAGCUGCGUCCGCCCUGCACGCUAUGGACAUCCUGCAGGUCUACCAGGCCAAAGCGUUGAAAGAGCUGCACGAGGGUUGUCCCAACCCAGAGUUCUCCACGGUGAAGAAGCAGAUGGAGGUCAACAAGGUCAACAAGCCUCGGCGUGGGUCAGGUCCUGCUCCUGCACCCCCGAGUCAGCAGCCCCCGUCUGCUCGUCGCCGGGGACGGCCCCCUGUGAGGACUGCUGAGGCCCCACAACAGCCCGGGCCUUCAGUCAAGCUUGACCAACGGCCCACCACUCGCAGGAAUGUGGCACCGCCAGCUCGUCAUCAGGGCACCAGGAACCCUCGACGUUUCACCUCCUACCACAGCGCCUUCCACUCCGCUCAGCCACAGGAACCCUGCCCGAGAACCAUUCGCCUCGGCUAUGCAAUUCAGUUCACCAUGCGGCCACCUAAGUUCAGCGGCAUUCUGUUUACCUCAGUACGAGGCGAGAAUGCGGGUGUUCUUCUGGCAGAGGUUGCAACCCUUCUCGAAAAGGGUGCAAUCGAGCAUGUCCCCCUGGCCGCAAUGAAGAAGGGGUUUUACAGCCUGUAUGAGGCCGCAGCGAUGUGCGCCGCGGAAGAGCAUGGGGAGGAGGGAGUUUUGCCAGGGCAAUCCCCGCAAGCUUCCCGUUCUUCCCUUGCUUCGUGCUUACCGGUCGAGUUUCCGGAUGAGUUUGAGAGCCCUUCCCUGGUGGCGAAGGCUUAUGCAGCUUCUGGUCAAGCUGCGUCCGCCCUGCACGCUAUGGACAUCCUGCAGGUCUACCAGGCCAAAGCGUUGAAAGAGCUGCACGAGGGUUGUCCCAACCCAGAGGUACUGCAGGAACUGCGCUCGGCGAGUGACUAUGCCCUCUGGGCUACGAAGGUCACGGCGCAGGCUCUGGGGAGGGUGAUGUCCACUUUAGUGGUCCAGGAACACCACCUGUGGCUCAACCUGGCUGAGAUGCGCGAAGCCAAGAAAUUCUCCACGGUGAAGAAGCAGAUGGAGGUCAACAAACAAAUCCUUCCUCAGCGUGGGUCAGGUCCUGCUCCUGCACCCCCGAGUCAGCAGCCCCAGUCUGCUCGUCACCAGGGACGGCCCCCUGCGAGGAUUGCUGAGAUGCAAAGGGUCUAUCACUCAGCCAACAUGACGCAUGCUGGCGAACUCAUGUUCCCUCAUCCGUCUGUGGCACAUGUGACAGACCCUGCCGACAAGGCGCGGUGUGUUUUACACACCAGCUCGUCAUCAGGGCACCAGGAACCCUCGCAAGACUUCAAAGCAUUCCUAAGACGGGUGACCCAGGGAGGAGGGACCAUCUGGCCAGCCUGGAUCCAGUUUCGACGGGAGGACGGGAGGCGGAUUCGGCUCCACCCCGCAUGCUGGCGAACUCAUGUUCCCUCAUCCGUCUGUGGCACAUGUGACAGACCCUGCCGACAAGGCGCGGUGUGUUUUACAGGACGUUUCACCUCCUACCACAGUGCUUUCCACUCUGCUCAGCCACAGGAACCCUGCCCGAGGUACGUCGAACAUGGUUCCUUUGAGACCGUUGGCAGGACAGAGAACCACAUUCUGGAGGAUGUAAAUAAGUGUGUGAUCGCCCUGCAGGAGGGGGAUGUGGACACGCUGGACAGGACAGCAGGGGCAAUCCGGGGCCGUGCCGCUCGUGUGGUGCACAUUAUUAAUGCUGAGAUGGAGAACUACGAACCUGGCGUCUACACUGAGCGUGUUCUCGAGUCCAUCAAGCUCCUCUCUGAGACCGUGAUGCCGCGCUUUGCCGAGCAGGUUGAGGUCGCCAUCGAGGCUCUUAGCACCAGCCCCCCGCAGUCAUUCGAAGAGAACGAGUUCAUUGACGCCUCUCGCCUCGUUUACGACGGAGUGCGUGACAUCAGGAAAGCAGUCCUUAUGAUAAGAACUCCAGAAGAGUUGGAAGAUGACUCUGACUUUGAGCAAGAAGACUAUGACGCCCGUAGCCGCACCAGCGUCCAGACAGAAGAUGACCAAUUGAUUGCUGGACAGAGCGCAAGGGCUAUCAUGGCUCAGCUGCCUCAGGAAGAGAAGGCCAAGAUUGCUGAACAGGUGGAGAGUUUCAGGCAGGAAAAAUGCAAGCUGGAUGCAGAGGUCGCCAAGUGGGACGACAAUGGAAAUGACAUCAUCGUGCUGGCCAAGCAGAUGUGUAUGAUUAUGAUGGAGAUGACUGACUUCACCAGAGGCAAAGGCCCUCUGAAGAAUUCCUCUGAUGUGAUCAAUGCCGCAAAGAAAAUCGCAGAGGCCGGAUCCAGAAUGGACAAGCUUGCCCGUGCCGUGGCUGACCAGUGCCCGGACUCAGCCUGUAAGCAGGACUUAUUGGCAUACCUCCAGAGAAUCGCCCUUUACUGCCACCAGCUCAACAUCUGCAGCAAGGUCAAGGCUGAGGUUCAGAACCUGGGAGGAGAACUCAUUGUUUCAGGGCUGGACAGCGCUACAUCCCUCAUCCAGGCAGCCAAGAACUUGAUGAAUGCCGUGGUCCUCACAGUCAAGGCCUCUUAUGUGGCUUCUACCAAGUACCAGAAGGUGUACGGCACGGCGGCGGUCAAUUCCCCGGUGGUGUCCUGGCGCAUGAAGGCCCCGGAGAAGAAACCCCUGGUGAAGAGAGAGAAACCAGAGGAGUGCCAGACCCGUGUCAGGCGAGGCUCGCAGAAGAAACACAUAUCCCCCGUCCAAGCCCUCAGCGAAUUCAAGGCCAUGGACUCCUUUUAACUCCACACCACAGAUACCCAAAACUCCUCCUCCUCUCUUUAUUUCUUCUCCUCUUCUUGUUACGGCUUAUUUUCUUGGAGCUGUAUCUUGUUCCAUGCAGCAAUGUGUGUGUAUGUGCCCAGUAAAUGUCUGUGAGUUGGAGGGGCUUGGCCACCCACCCUCUUCGAACCAAAUUUCGCUGUAAAUGAGAAACAAACUCGUGAAGGAAACGUUUACAGUGCAGGCUGCGGUACAAUUCAUGUGGUGUUCAUUCUCGCUGACUGGCCAUAUAUACACAGAGAUAUUAAAGAAUAUAAUCUAUGGUAUAGUAGUGUCAGCCCUAACCGAGGCAGAGGUGCUGCUUUCCUACCUAAUGAUUUUUAUUAUUAUUAUUAUUUAAAAUCAAUAUUACCCUUAGUAAUAGGAAUAACUU